AUGGUGAUUGAAGGAGCAAGUGUAACAGCAGCAAUGGUAGGAAUUCAAUUCCUGGAAGUAGGUGGUGACACACUAAUGAAAUCAGCAACUAAAAAUGGAAUGAGUAUUUUCAUUUUCACUGUUUACUCAAACCUUUUUGCUCUCUGUUUUCUUCUACCAUCUACCCUCUUCUAUCACAGGAAAAGAGCUCCUCCUCCAAUUUCAACUUCAAUUUUCUGUAGAGUAUUUCUUCUUAGUUGCAUCCAAACUUCAGUGCAGAUUUUAAUGAAUACUGGAAUUGGAUAUAGCUCUCCCACUUUGGCAUCAGCUAUGGUUGAUCUUGUCCCUGCUUUUACCUUCAUACUUGCUCUAAUUUCAAGGAUGGAAAUUAUAAAUUUGAAACAACAUAGUAGUCAGAUAAAAGUUAUUGGUACAAUGGUCUGCGUUGCAGGGGCAUUUACUGUGACAUUUUAUAAAGGGAUACCAUUGCUUAGUAAUGCCUUUCAAAAUAUUGAAAUCGGAGCUCGUGGAAUUAACAUCUCAGAAAAAUCAGAUUGGAUAAUUGGGGCUAUUCUUCUUGCAACCGCUAGCUUUUGCCUCUCAGUUUUACAUAUAGUUCAGACUUGGAUCAUCAAGGAAUAUCAAGAAGAGCUAGUGGUAACAACUAUUUGUUGCACUUUUGUGGUAACCCUAUCUUCCAUUGUGGCUCUCAUUUCAGAGGGUAUUUCAAAAGCUUGGAUACUUAGACCUGAUAAGGAGUUUGUAUCAGUGUGUUACUCAGCAAUAUUUGUUGUAUCGACGAGGAAUGUUGUAACUAUAUGGGCAUGUCGUAAGAAAGGACCAAUAUUCGUAGCUAUAUUCAAACCUUUAAGAGUUGUCAUUGCACUUGGUAUGGGAGUAAUAUUUCUGGGAGACAAUCUUUAUCUUGGAAGCAUGAUUGGAGCUACUAUUAUAAUUAGUGGAUUUUAUGGUGUAAUAUGGGCUAAGGGUCAAGAGAAACUCAUCACAAGUGAAAAUAACAUUCUCCCAUCUUCUUCAAUGCCUCUUUUGUCAAACAAAAGCAUGGAUAUCUAG